UCAGCACACACAAACACAAACCCAAGCAAAGUUUCCACUCUUCUUCACGCAGCACAACUUCUCCUGUCCCGCCGUGGCCUCUGAUGAGCGACGACGCCGUUCAGACCAUGGUGACCACUGACCCCCACCAGAACCAGGACCUGGUAGUCCCAGCCCAGGUCCAAGAGCAGCAUGACCCAUUGAAAGAACAGGAGAACCAAGAGAACCCGUUCUCAGGCAUGGCUGCGUUUGACCCAGAGAAAAUGGGCCAGGGCCCCGUCAACGCCAUCACGGUGCUGACUUUGCUGGACAAGCUGGUCAACAUGCUGGACGUCGUGCAGGAGAACCAGCACAAGAUGGAGGCUCAUCAGGUGGAGAUGGAGGGCGUGGUCAGAGGGAUCCAGGCUGAUAUGUUCAAACUAUCCAAGAGUCACAGCCACACCUCCAACACCGUCAGCAAACUGCUGGACAAGAGCCGCAAGCUUUCCGUCACCAUGAAGGAGGUACGGGACAAGAUGGAGCGUCAGGGAGCACAGGUGAAGAAGCUGGAGGCCAACCACGCCCACCUGGCCAACAGAAACACCUUCAAAGUUCUCAUCUUUCAGGAGGAGAACGAGAUCCCCGCCAGUGUCUUUGUGAAGGAUGCUCCUCCAUUCCCUCGCGAUGAGAUUUUGGAAGAAGCGGAUGAACUUGCACCAGGCGUGGAAGGAGAUCAGCCCUCGGAGGGUGGGUUCCAUACCAUCGACCUAUCAUCUGAUGAGGACGUGGGCCUGGAGGAGGACCAGGAAGAGGAGAUGUGGGCUCAAGACCUGGAGAACAUGGAGAAGUCCAGAGCUGAGAAGCUGAAACACUCCAGUCUGAAGAAGGUGGACAGCCUGAAGAAGGCCUUCUCGCGACAAAACAUUGAGAAAAAGAUGACAAAGAUCGGAACCAAAAUAGUUUCGGCGGAGCAACGGGAGAAGAUCAAACAGAAAACCUCCAGCCUGAAGGUGUCCCCUCUGACCUUUGGCAUCAAGAAGCCUCGCGGCAGCUCCGACUUGCAGCCUCCUGAAGAGCAUCUUGCUCGGCUGGAAGAGGGUCCGGUCCCAGAGGACCACGUACAGCUAUCCCCGCUGGGUGGCCCCGAGCAGGAAGUCACCUUCACGGAGAUCCACCAGCAGAUGACUCCAGCAGAGCAGCAGGAGGAGGAGCCGGGGCCUGCAGAGGUCAGCGUGACGUCUGAAGGCGUGAGUGAAGAGUACGCUCUGUCCGCCACGCUGCUGCAGGAUCAGGAACCCAAAGAGGAGCCUUCAGCUUCUCUUGAGGAAUAAGAGCUUCCUCCCAGACCACGUACGCAUCACUAACACGGCGUCUUGUUGCUCGCACUAACACCAGUAAGCCCAGCACCUUGACAUCAUUAGCAUUGUUACGACACCGCUACCACCAGCACCUUCUGACAACAUUCCAUACAAGAAUGCAAACAUGCUCACCUCCCAAUGCUAACACUGCCGCUGCACUUGGAACUGCUUCUGCUUGCGACGCUUGCUAAGAGCUUCUCUUCUGUGUACGACCAAAGAAUAUUUACUUGUCAUGCUAAUGCUACUACACGACUGCUUAUUUACUUGUGUUUGUCAUAGCAUUUAUGGUACCUCACACAGCACAAUAAAGCACAUUUGAACCUUUCAA